AGCCCCCGGAGCUCUGGCCCACGUGACGUGCCGGGGGCGGGGACGGGGGGCGCGCGCUGGCCUCCCGCGGUGCCCCUGCCUAGCGAGGCGACCGCGGCGCACAGACCCGCCUGCGGGAGGGGCCGUCCGCCGGUCGCCCGAGGCGGCCGCUGCUGCAGCUUUGCGGAGGACCCGGGAUCCGCCGGCCCGCGGGAGAAAUGCUGCUGCAGUGCUGCUGAGAGGGCCAGAGAUGCAAGGAUUUGGGACACAUAUUGAACCUUAAUGCUGUCUGACAUUGACCUCCUUUCAUUAUUAAUAAAGAAGAAGCAGGAGCUUAGGAUGUAUUAACACCAACUCAUUAAUGUACUAACUGGACCAUGUUCUGGAAACAAUUCCACAUUAUAAAGAACUGAAUCGGGACAAAAUAAACUAAUUUCAUAGUUUACUCAGCUUAUAAUAUGACUCGAUGGAGGAAAAUUUGAUAAGCAUGAGGGAAGACCAUUCUUUUCAUGUUCGUUACAGAAUGGAAGCUUCUUGCCUAGAACUGGCCUUGGAAGGGGAACGUCUAUGUAAAUCAGGAGACUGUCGUGCUGGUGUGUCAUUCUUUGAAGCUGCAGUUCAAGUUGGAACUGAAGACCUAAAAACACUCAGUGCUAUAUAUAGCCAACUGGGCAAUGCUUACUUCUAUUUGCAUGAUUAUGCAAAAGCAUUAGAAUACCAUCAUCAUGAUUUAACUCUCGCAAGGACCAUUGGAGACCAGUUGGGAGAAGCCAAAGCUAGUGGUAACCUGGGAAACACCUUAAAAGUUCUUGGGAAUUUUGAGGAAGCUGUAGUUUGUUGUCAGCGACACCUAGAUAUUUCCAGAGAGCUUAAUGACAAGGUGGGAGAAGCAAGAGCACUUUACAAUCUUGGAAAUGUGUAUCAUGCCAAAGGGAAAAGUUUUGGUUGUCCUGGUUCUCAAGAUGCAGGAGAAUUUCCAGAAGAAGUGAGAAAUGCUCUACAGGCAGCUGUGGAUUAUUAUGAGGAAAACCUAUCAUUAGUGACUGCUUUGGGUGACCGAGCAGCUCAAGGACGUGCCUUUGGAAAUCUUGGAAACACACAUUACCUUCUUGGCAACUUCAGGGAUGCAGUUAUAGCUCAUGAACAGCGUCUCCUUAUUGCAAAAGAAUUUGGAGAUAAAGCAGCUGAAAGAAGAGCAUAUAGCAACCUUGGAAAUGCAUAUAUAUUUCUUGGUGAAUUUGAAACUGCCUCUGAUUACUACAAGAAGACACUACUUUUGGCUCGACAGCUUAAAGACAGAGCUGUAGAAGCACAGUCUUGUUACAGUCUUGGAAACACAUAUACUUUACUUCAAGACUAUGAAAAGGCCAUUGAUUAUCAUCUGAAGCACCUUGCAAUUGCUCAAGAGCUAAAUGAUCGAAUUGGUGAAGGAAGAGCAUGUUGGAGCUUAGGAAAUGCAUACACAGCACUAGGAAAUCAUGAUCAAGCAAUGCACUUUGCUGAAAAGCACUUGGAAAUUUCAAGAGAGGUUGGGGAUAGAAGUGGUGAACUAACAGCACGACUGAAUCUCUCAGAUCUUCAAAUGGUUCUUGGUCUGAGCUACAGCACAAAUAAUUCCAUCAUGUCUGAAGCUAGUGAAAUCGAUAACAGUUUGCAUGGUGCUCGCCCCAAGUCAGGUCGCCGCCACAGCAUGGAAAACAUGGAACUUAUGAAGUUAACACCAGAAAGGGUUCAGAACUGGAAUAGUGAAAUUCUUGCAAAACAAAAACCUCUUAUUGGCAAACCUUCUGCAAAGCUACUCUUUGUCAACAGACUGAAGGGGAAAAAAUACAAGACUAAUUCCUCCACUAAAGUUUUCCAAGAUGCCAGUAAUUCCAUUGACCACCGAAUUCCAAAUUCUCAGAGGAAAAUCAGUGCAGAUGCUAUUGGAGAUGAAGGUUUCUUUGACUUAUUAAGCCGAUUUCAAAGCAAUAGGAUGGAUGAUCAGAGGUGUUGCUUACAAGAAAAGAACUGCCGAACAGCUUCAACAGCAACUUCUUCCACUCCCCCCAAAAUGAUGCUAAAAGCACCAUCUGUUUCUAUGGUAUCCCCCAAUACGGAUGAGUUUUUGGAUCUUCUUGCCAGCUCACAGAGUCGCCGUCUGGAUGACCAGAGAGCCAGUUUCAGUAAUCUGCCAGGACUUCGUCUGACGCAAAACAAUAACCAAUCAGUGCUUGGCCAACUGAUGACUAAUGACAACAAAGAGCCUGAUGAAGACUUCUUUGACAUCCUUGUAAAAUGUCAAGGGUCCAGAUUAGAUGACCAAAGGUGCACACCACCACCGGCUGCCACAAAGGGACCAACAGUACCAGAUGAGGACUUUUUUAGCCUUAUUUUACGAUCUCAGGCAAAAAGAAUGGAUGAACAGAGAGUUCUUUUACAAAGAGAUCAAAACAGAGACACUGAAUUUGGGCUAAAAGAACUUUUGCAAAGCAAUGCUUUGUUGGAAUUUAAAAAUUCAGAACAAAAAUCAGCAAACCACUAGUUACUAUGGAUUUUUUUUUUUAAGUGACUAUUUCCUUUCAGAACACUGCGAGGAAAUUCAACUUACUACUUUUUUCCUUAAAAGGAGAAUUUAUAGCACUAUAAUACAGCUUAAGAUGUUUUUAGAAUGAUGUAAAUAUUUUAACCUUGAAUAGUAUAGCAUUAAGGAAUUAACAUUCCUCUAGAUACUCAUUUCAGGGUGGAGGUGUCUUUGUAAGGUGCUUCAUCAUCAAUUUUUGUAAUUACUGCUUGGAGUUGUGGGUUUUGGCAACUUUAUUAGAUUCCUUUACUUAAGUGUUUGUAAAGCAGGAGUUGAAUCCUAGACUAGAAUUUAAUUCUCUUGCUAAUUUUUAAGGAGCUUAGUAAUUGACAGUGGCACUUUUUAAAUACUUAACCAUGGAUGUAGUAGAGACUCAUGCUGUUUAGUAAAAAUAAUGUACUUGACCAACCUAAAGAUGUUAUAUAAAAGUUUUUUUCCUCUAAGAAAAUCGGUCUUAUUUUCCAUGUAUUUUUAAGCCAAAGUCAGUAUAAAACAAUCUCUUAAAAACUUCUUCCUUUAACUAUAUUACGGACCACUACCUGUAUGUUUUAAAAUUGUCUUCUUUGUUGCAUAAUUAUUGCUUCAAAAACAAACUUUUAUAUGACCUAAUGUUUUUUUUAAAAAAAAAGUGGUUAUUUCAAGAACCUAGGCCACUUAAGUAGAAAACAGAUGAAAACUCACAAAAAUUAAGUACAAAAAAGGAGGUUACAGGAACUAAGCCAUCAUUAGGCCUCACUCUCCUUAACCCAGAAAUUGAAGGUAUGUGAUAGGACAUGAGGAAGAGAGAGAAAGCAGGGUAGGUCACAGAAGGGGCUGGACUAGGGCUGAACUGCAUAAUGCAAAUAAAUGCCCACACCUGGAACAGGCUGGCAACUUAUCCAACUCUGGCUGUUUCUGAUUCGGCAGACAUGGGAUGGGAUCUGGGCCUCUCUCAUCUUUCUAAUAGUCCUUCAGGUGAUUCUGAUGGGCAAACAGAAGAACCACUUCUCUAAAUGGCCAAAAGAAGAUGAAAAACUUUUUAGUUGCAUAAUCUGUAAUGAAUUUGAGGGCUCAGUUAAAAAAAAAAACAAAACAAAUUACUCUAGGUUCUUAGAGCAGA